GUUUACAAAUUCAUAAUGAUAGUCUCUGUACUGUAUGUAGCCAGUUAGUUACUCUUCAAAAUGUCUUCUCUAUUUUAUAUUUUUUUUGUCUAGGUUGUUCAAUACGGUUUGGUAGUAAGCCAAGUUUUAACCAUGUCUAGUCAAUGUAGCUACUUUCAGCUAACGAAAGACGGUUGAGUUUGCUCACUUAACAUUUGGCGUUAACUUAGCCAACGUUUUAACGUUAGCUAUCUUAUUUUUUUCAAGAUAGCUUGCCAACUCACUCAAGUCAGCCAAGUUGACUUACUAAAAAAUUAAUUGGGGAGCUCACCCUGUCAGCCAACAUGAUUGUAUUGGAUUUACUAACGUUACUUAACUAGUAGCUUGCUAGCAUGCCAACAUGGCUGGUAUGCUACUAGAGUUUGCUUAGGCUAACGUUCGUGAGGUGUCAGACAGAGUGAGGUUUUACAAUGAGUGCCGAAAUCAAAGUAAAACGACAGUCCUCGAGGAAGAGGUCCAGGGAUAGUCUAAGAAGUCAUCUCACGCCCGUAAAGAAAAUAACCAAUGCUUCUGGACGACAAUGUCCUGACAACACAGGACAGAUAGAGCUUCCCAGAGCAGCUAUGGACGAAUCCAUGGAUGCAAAGUUUAGUGAGGUGGGUAGCAAACUAAUAUCACAAUGGUGCAUUAUACACUUUAUGUGGUCUGAUGAUGUUACUGUAAUCAACAUGAUAUUGAGUGAGUUACAAGUGCAUUUACUGUUUCUCAAUGUUGCUUUUUUGCAGUAUUGCAGUGACACUGAGGACUUUUUUGGGGGCUAUGACAGCAUUGUAGGCGACAGCUCUUUCCUGGCAAAGCUCGAUAGAGUGGAGCAGAACAUGAGACAGCAUGACAUUGACCAUGCAACCAGCAGAUGCCCUGUGGUUCUGCUGUGUGACAAACCUGACUUCACCUCACUGAAGUCUUCAACCGACAACUGUCCGAAACAAUCAUGUGAUGACUCAAUGACAGAAUCAAUCCUGGAGGGCUUAACGGAUGAUGCUUUCAUAGACGUGCCAAGCUCACAACUCGCCUUUCUACAAGACCUCCAAACAGCAGACAGGAACUGCUGUACAGAUGAGGACAAAACCUCCACGCCUAUGAGACAUCCUGAAAAGUCUGUCAGCACUGAAGAUAGAAAUGAGAGGCAUAUCGCCCCCAAGGCAAAGAAGAGUGUGUCAGAUCAUCUGAAAAGAGCUAUGAUGGCUAAUGCAGCAGCUCCUUCUAGUUUCUCCCGGACUGCAGUGCAGAAGGAGGCCGUAGUUACAGAGGAGAUCAACGUUGCCAUGCAGGCUAUGGAAUCUGUCUCCAUGGAGACAACAGACCUUGGGCCUUUCUUUGGUCUUCCCACCAAAGUUAAGGAGCUGAUAUGCAAUCUCAAAGGAAUCAAAGAUUUAUAUGGUGAAUAGCUUUCUAUUCCUUUUCCCUGUCUAAUUGCAUGUCCUCACUAUAGUUCUGCAUCAACUUUAUCUUGGCUAUGUUUUCAAAGUGUCUGGUUGUCUUGCUAAGUGUGAGUAAUUUGAUCUCUUGCCCUGCUUCAUAUUCCAGAGUAUCAUCAAUAACAAUGCUCUCUUAUAUUUCAGAAUGGCAGAAAACUUGUCUAAACCUGGACUCAGUUCAGCAGAGGAGAAACCUCAUCUACUCUCUGCCCACCAGUGGUGGGAAGACUCUGGUGGCUGAGAUUCUUAUCGUCAAAGAGCUUCUGUGCAGAAAGAGGGAUGCCCUUUUCAUCCUACCCUACAUAUCUCUAGUGCAGGAGAAGGUAUUGUGGUCAUUAUGUUUUAUUUAUGAAAUGUCUAUAAUUCCCCUUUCAUCCAACUGUACAAAGGGAUUAUAAUUAAACAUUUGUCAAUGGCAAAUCUGUGCACUGUAUUUUGCAUGCAUUCCCAGGUUCGAGGGUUGGCCAGUUUUGGCCUGGAGCUGGACUUCAUGGUGGAGGAGUAUGCUGCCAGUAAAGGCAGGUUCCCUCCAGUGAAGAGAAGGGGCAAGAGGUCCUUGUACAUCGCCACUAUAGAGAAGGCACACAGCCUGGUAAACUCCCUCAUAGAGGCCAAAAGACUGGACAAUGUGGGGCUGGUGGUUGUGGAUGAGGUAUGCAAAUAUCUUAUUACAUUAACAUCUGAGACAUUAUCAUUACAAAACAUAGAAUAGUCACAAACUUGACACAAAAAAUGUAUCCUCUGAUGCCUUGUGUAUUUGAUGCAAUCAAUUAUACUGUACUGUAGUAUCCAAUUAUUUUGCAAUCUCCUUAUUAGCUCCAUAUGUUGGGUGAUGGUAGCAGAGGAGCUAUCAUUGAGAUGACUCUAGCCAAAGUGCUCUAUAUCAGUAGUAAGUGUGACUGCUAUUCUUACCCUCAUUAUAUUCAUGGUGAAUGACGAUGUUUUGAAAAUGUGUGGAAAACUGAUUUUCUUCUUUACACAGAGUCAACUCAGAUCAUUGGAAUGAGUGCUACUCUGGGCAAUGUCCAAGAUAUACAGAAGUUUCUGAAGGCAGAUAACUACACUAAUGACUUCAGACCGGUAUGAUAUUUCCUAACCACAGACUUGAUCUACGCAAUGCUAUUUUAUCCUCUGUGGUAUGCCUCCUUGUUUGUGAGAGUCCACGUACAACAUGAAAAUCACCCAACGUAUUCUUUGAAAGCUUAGUUAAAACCAAUAGAAGCUAGACUGCGUGUUGUGUACUCCAUUGUCUCUGUGAUGGUUGGCCACUGAUAGUCAUGGUGUUUCUGUUUCAGGUCGAGCUGAAGGAGUAUGUGAAACUGAAGGACAGCAUAUACGAGGUGGACCCCAAGGAGGAGGAGUGCUUCAGGUUCUCUCGGCUGCUGAACUUUAAGGUAUAAUCAUCCAUUUGAUUUGAAGAGCCAUCAAUUGUAUAUUUAAAGACAUACUGGACUCCAGUGCCAGGCAGUCAGCUUUUGAAGGCUGACACCCAUUGAAUUUGAAAUCUUAGCACCUGACUAAUCCGUCUGUUUUCCAGUACUCCAGUGCAAUGCAGAAGGUCGAUCAGGAUCAUAUUGUUGCCUUGGUGACUGAGGUCAUUCCAAGCCAGUCGUGCCUUGUCUUCUGUCCCACCAAGAAGAACUGUGAGAACGUGGCUGGGAUGAUCUGCAAGUACCUGAAAGAGUAAGAGGACAUCUUUAUAUUUCUCUUCUCUGUAUUCCAAAUUAUGGUCAGCCUCUCCAGUGGUUGUGAUUGUGUGGAUUGUGAUCGAUCCAACAUGCCACUUCUUCUUGAAUUCUCCAGGGACUUUAUCCUGCGCAAGCAGGCAGAGAAGGCUGUGUUGCUGGGUGAGCUGAGGAGCAGUGGGAACGGCUCCCUGUGUCCGGUGCUCAAGAAGACGGUGCCGUAUGGCCUGGCUUACCACCACAGUGGGUUGACCAGUGAAGAGAGGAAGCUGGUGGAGGAGGCCUACUCUGCUGGGGUUCUCUGUCUCCUCACCUGCACCUCUACGCUGGCUGCAGGGAUCAACCUACCUGCUCGGAGGCAAGUCAAAGCAAGGAAGCAUAACCUGUCCGAUUACUUUACUGCUACUAAGGCUACAAGGAUCAGCUUUUUUCACGAGACAUGUCAUAACAGAAGUUGCAUCUCUGUGUUAGAUUGUGACAGUUAUUGUAGACCUAAUUGGAUCCAUCAUUGUGUGUUUGAACCAGGGUGAUUCUGCGUUCUCCGUAUGUGGCGGCAGACUUCCUGAAGAGGAGCCAGUACAAGCAGAUGGUGGGGAGGGCUGGACGGGCCGGGAUAGACACUCAUGGAGAGAGUAUCCUCAUUCUACAGGACAAAGACAAAGUCUUGGUAAAUAACAGCUACAACCAUAACAAUAGUAAACCUAUGCAUGUAGUACUAUGGAAUGACAUCCUUAUGUUUACACGUUCUGACAUUUAUAGCUGACUCAUCUAAUGCAUUGCUCCUGUCCACCUUUUUGUAUUUUCAGGUCAAAAAGCUUGUAUGCGCACCAAUGGAGAUCUGUAAAAGCAAUUUAAUGCUGAAUAACGGAAAGGGUGUCCUGAGUCUCAUCCUAUCCAUCAUUGGAUUAAAUGUACUUCUUAAAAAUAUCCAUAAGUGAAUUAUAGAAAAAUCCAGUUCCCUUUUUAAAUGUCUCUUUUUAGCAAAUAACUUGGUCUUAAUGAAUGAAUUGAUGAUACUGUUUUUGACUGUUUUCUAUUGUCUAACUUCAGAUCACGAACAGCUUAGAGCAGGUCAGGGACUUCAUGAGUGGCACGUUGCUCUCGGUCCAGGUGAAACAGGUGUGCUUGGAGAGGAGCCUGUGGGAGGUGACACAGGAGUGUGUUGAGCUGCUGAAAGAGAAAGGCCUGGUCACCGUUUCCACAGAGCCACAGGGUGGGACUCUGCAGGUCACCAAGCUAGGAAGAGCUACUUACAAAGGUGAACUACUCUCAAACUCGCCAGAACUGGUGUUAAUUCCAUUUCUAUUCCCAUACAAGGAAAUUGUUCAUAGCAAUCAAUUUAAAUCCUGUUACAGAGAUGUUUUUUUUCUUCUAUGAAUCACACUAAACACUGUAGCAUUAUCUGCCCUCUCCUCCCCAGGCUCAGUGGAUCUGACCUACUGUGACGUCCUGUAUAGAGACCUGUCUAAAGGCCUGGAGAGCCUGAUGCUGAAUAGUUUCCUCCACCUGGUCUACCUGGUCACACCCUAUGACAUGGUCUCCCAGUGCAAGCCUGAUUGGAUGGUCUACUUCAGACAGGUUAGAGCCCAGGCCUGAUGUACUUAUUGGUUGUCUACAUUAAUUACAUGUAGAUUGGUAGGUAAAAUACCUCGAAUAACAAUUGAGUUUUUAUGCAUUUAUGAAAAUAUCUAAUAAUGAAAUACAUUUCGUAUAUAAUAUUGUUUUGUGCAAUAGUUUGUCUUCCGCAGUAUUUAGUACAGCAAUUAUUGUGUAAGAGUUUGUUUUGCUUAUCAAUUUCAGUUCACAAUGUUAUCAGCUGUGGAGCAAAAGAUGUGUGCAGCAGUUGGUGUGCCUGAGAGUUUCGUUGCUAGAAAGGCUGCUGGACAGAAUGUCAAGAAGGUAAGAAUAUUGAGGAAGCAUGGCAUGAUUUAAAUACUGUUAAAUCAAUAGUGUCAUAUUUUAUUUAUUAUUAUUAUUAUUAUAUUUUCACAGUUCCCUAGGUUGAGAGAUUAUCAUUGGCUUGGGGUAUUAUGAGGGCUUAUACUUGAGUACGUUGGCUUAAAACCAUUAUUAAAUUAAUCUCUAGAUUAAUCCUCUUAUGUUUUUGUAGCUUUUUUCUCUUAACCCCUAUAUGAAGGCAGACUUAACUAAUUUAAGUAAUGAAGAUAAUGAACCCUAAAUCUCUUGUGAUGUGAAUUCAAAUCUGCUCUCUACAACUGAUCAUUCAUGUAAUAACUGUAACGAGCCAAUUCUGUUGUACUAUGUCUACUGUCUUUACCAAAGAAGUAGGAAUCAUUCUACUUCUAUGGUCCUUCCCCUCUGCUCUGUUCCCCCAGAAUGUGGACCAGGUGGUGGUGAGCCGGCUGUACCUGGCCCUGGUGCUGCUGUCCCUGCUGAAGGAGACUGACCUGUGGAGCGUGGCCGACAGGUUCCAGCUCAGCCGGGGCUUCAUCCAGACACUACUCAGCUCCUCCUCAGUCUUCUGCUCCUGCGUGUUGCACUUCACCGAGGUAGCUACCAGCAUAGAUGUCAUAUAUUAUAAGGUUCCGUCCAAACAGAGCCACGUCCUAGUCUCUUAGCAGUGUUACAAGAGCUUUAACUUCAGUCCUCCAUUUUUGUCAUUUAGCAGACGCUCUAAUCCAGAGCAAUUUACAGGGUUAAGUGCCUUGUUCAAGGGUGCAUCGACAGAUUUUUUUCACCUAGUUGGCUCGUGGAUUCGAACCAGCUCGGUUACUGGCCCAACGCUCUUAACCGCUAGACUACCUGCCGCCCACUACUGAGAAUAGCUCCUAAUUUCUAUGUUCUUUUGCUUUCUCUUUUGACCCCAAUGAUCUCACUGUGCCCUCUCUCUGCGUUAUCAGGAGCUGGAGGAGUUCUGGCCCUUCAAAGCUCUCCUGACCGAGCUUACCCGCAGGCUGACCUACUGUGUCCAGGCAGAGCUCAUCCCUCUCAUGGAGGUAGCAGGAGUCAUGGAGGUCAGACUUUAAAAAAUCUCAAUUCAUUUUAUUGGCAUUAUAGCAUCCUGAUAAUGUCCUACUUACCUGGCAACAAAAGGUCCAAAGAAAACAUAUCCACAUCUUGGUAUCCAGUCAUAAGAGCUAUUGUCCUAGCCAAAGUUUUCCUGCAUUGUUCCAGAUGCUUUUUGCAUGCUUGUAACCCUUCGAUCUGCUUUUGACAGGGAAGAGCCAAGCAGCUAUACAAUGCUGGAUAUAAGACUCUGGCUCAUCUGGCCAACGCUGACCCAAACGUUCUCGCCAAGACUGUGGAGAACCUCUUCAAGAAGCAAGCCAAUCAGAUUGUUGCUUCUGCAAAAGUAUGACAAUAUACGUACAAUUGUGCUGUUGUUUCCUUCCUAAAUCCAUAUAGAGUGAAUACAAAAAAGGGUUAUAGAAAAUUGGAUUGAGAUGUGACAAACAUUUGCAGAAGUUGUACCCUAUUUGAUCAUUGUCCUCCUGUGGUGUCUGUUUCAGAUGCUGCUGAAUGAGAAAGCUGAUGCACUUCAGGAGGAGAUGGAUGAUUUAUUGAUGAUGCCUCUUAAUCUCCUCUCUUUGUAAUAUGUUGCUGCAGUGUAUUUAUUGUGUGAAGAUUACUUUUAUUUAGCUUGGUGUGUUAAUAUUGUUUUAUAGUGGUGUAUCAUAUUGUUUAUAGUUUAUAGGAGUGAUAUUAAAAAAUAUAUUUUUGUGAUGUGGAAGAUUUCUUUUUUUUUUUUU